UGCCAAACAAAAUCUUGUCAAGCUUUUCUGCACCACCACACAGACCGGCAACGCGCGCGUGUGUUUUGUUUAGACACGGCGGCAAACGAAUAAAGGCAGGUCUAACCAUGGACACGGCAUCGUACGACGAGUUUGGCAACUACAUCGGGCCGGAUCUGGAGAGCGACGACGAUGACGACCAGAGCCUCUACGGCCAGGCGGAUCAGCAGGAGGACGAGGAGGAGGAGCUGAUGGACGACGAGCCGGAACCGGAGGAGGAGGAGAAGCGCUCGUCCAAGGCGGUGGUGCUGCACGAGGACAAGCGCUACUAUCCCACCUCGCUCGAGGUGUACGGCGAGGAGGUGGAAACGAUCGUGCAGGAGGAGGACGCCCAGCCGCUGGACAAGCCGCUGAUCGAGCCGGUGAAGCGCAUGAAGUUCCAGCUGAAAGCGCAGGAGCUCCCCGAGACGACUUACAAGAUGGAGUUUCUGUCCGAUCUGAUGGACACGCCGACGCUCAUCCGGAACGUGGCGCUGGUCGGCCAUCUGCACCACGGCAAGACCACCUUCGUCGACUGUCUGGUGCGGCAGACGCAUCCGCAGCUGCGCAACAUGGAGGAGCGCAAUCUGCGCUACACGGACACGCUCUUCACCGAGCAGGAGCGGGGCGUUAGCAUCAAAGCAACGCCGAUGACGCUCGUCCUGCAGGAUGUGAAGGGCAAAAGCUUCCUGCUCAACACGUUCGACACCCCGGGGCACGUAAACUUCUCGGACGAGGUGACCGCCUCGAUGCGACUAUGCGAUGGAGUCGUCCUGUUCGUGGAUGCGGCCGAGGGCGUUAUGCUAAACACGGAACGGCUGCUCAAGCACGCCAUACAGGAGCGUCUGUCCUUUACGCUUUGCAUCAACAAAAUCGACCGUUUAAUCCUCGAACUGAAGCUGCCCCCGCAGGAUGCGUACUUUAAGCUGCAGCACAUCGUGGACGAAAUCAACGGACUGCUGACACUGCACGGCGACUCCACGGUGAAGCCCGUCUCGCCCGUCCUGGGCAACGUGUGCUUCGCCAGCUCACUGUACGGCGUUUGCUUCACGCUCAAAUCGUUCGCCCGGCUAUAUGCGGACACGUACGAGGGCGUGAAUGUGGACGAGUUCUCCCGGCGGCUCUGGGGCGACAUGUACUUCCAACCGAAGACGCGCAAAUUCACCCGCAAACCAGCGCACACGUCAGCGCAGCGCAGCUUCGUGGAGUUUGUGCUCGAACCGCUGUACAAGCUGUUCGCGCAGGUCCUUGGCGACGUGGACACGACGCUCGCCGAUACGCUGGCCGAGCUGCAGAUCCCGGUGACGGGGGAAGAGAUGAAGUGCAACAUACGGCCGCUGCUGCGCACGAUCUGCAACCGGUUUGUGGGCGAUUUCUGUGGCUUCGUGCAGAUGUGCGUCGAUCACAUCCGGUCGCCGCUGGACAAUGCGCAGGUGAAGGUGGACCACAUAUACACCGGGGUGCGCGAGAGCGGCCUCUACCAGGACAUGCUGCAGUGUGACGCGAACGCGCAGCUCAUGGUGCACAGCUCGAAGAUGUACCCGACGGAGGACUGUACCUUCUUCCAGGUGCUGGCGCGAGUCAUGAGCGGAACGCUGCACGCCGGCCAGGAGGUGCGAGUGCUGGGCGAAAACUACACGCUGCAGGACGAGGAGGACAGCCGGGUGCUGCAGGUGGGACGACUGUGGAUCUACGAAGCACGGUACAAGAUCGAGCUGAACCGUGUGCCGGCGGGGAAUUGGGUGCUGAUCGAGGGCAUCGAUCAGUGCAUCGUAAAGACGGCCACGAUUACGGACGUGCAGAUGGCGGAGGAUGUGUUUAUCUUCCGGCCGCUCAAGUUUAACACGCAGAGCGUCAUCAAAAUUGCCGUCGAGCCGGUCAACCCUUCCGAGCUGCCGAAGAUGUUGGACGGUUUGCGCAAGCUGAACAAAUCGUACCCGCUGCUGUCGACGCGCGUGGAAGAGUCGGGCGAGCACGUGAUCCUUGGCACGGGCGAACUGUAUCUCGACUGCGUCAUGCACGAUCUGCGCAAGAUGUACUCGGAGAUCGACAUAAAGGUAGCGGACCCGGUGGUCGCCUUCUGCGAGAGUGUCGUCGAAACCAGUUCCCUCAAAUGCUUUGCCGAAACGCCCAACAAGAAGAACAAAAUCACGAUGAUUGCCGAACCGCUGGAGAAGGGCCUUGCCGAGGACAUUGAAAAUGAAACCGUUUGCAUCGGGUGGAACAAGAAAAAGCUGGGCGAGUUUUUCCAGGUCAACUAUCAGUGGGAUCUGCUCGCGGCCCGGUCGAUCUGGGCGUUCGGACCCGACUCAACCGGUCCGAACAUUCUCGUCGACGAUACGCUCCCGUUCGAGGUGGACAAAACGCUGCUCGGCACGGUGAAGGACUCGAUCGUGCAGGGCUUCCAGUGGGGCACGCGCGAGGGCCCCCUGUGCGAGGAACCGAUCCGCAACGUAAAGUUCAAAAUACUGGACGCGGUGAUCGCGCCGGAACCGCUGCACCGUGGCGGUGGACAGAUCAUUCCAACGGCCCGGCGGGUGGCGUACUCGGCCUUCCUGAUGGCGACCCCACGCCUGAUGGAACCGUACCUGUUCGUGGAGGUGCAGGCACCGGCCGAUUGCGUGUCGUCCGUGUACACCGUGCUUGCGCGGCGCCGCGGACACGUAACGCAGGACGCACCGGUACCCGGAUCGCCGCUGUACAUCAUCAAAGCGUUCCUGCCCGCGAUCGAUUCGUUCGGGUUUGAGACGGAUCUGCGUACGCACACGCAGGGGCAAGCGUUCUGUCUGUCCGUCUUUCACCACUGGCAGAUUGUGCCGGGUGAUCCGCUGGACAAGAGCAUUAUCAUCAGACCGUUGGAACCGCAGCCGGCCACACAUUUGGCGCGCGAGUUUAUGAUGAAGACGCGCCGCCGGAAGGGUCUGUCGGAGGAUGUGUCGAUCAACAAGUUCUUCGACGAUCCUAUGCUGCUCGAGCUGGCCCGCCAGGACGUGCUGUUGAACUAUCCGAUUUAAACGGGGGUUGGUUUGGUGGCUGCAGGGUUUCGUGUUUCUUUGGGCCGUCAUUUAGAACAUAAUCAGCAUAAACAUUUUAAUAAACAAUUCUAUAUGUACGGAAUA